AUAGGAAGAUCCAAGUGCACGGUGCGCGCCAAUGUGUCGCUGUGACGCGCCGUGUGUGCCGGGCUCCAGUCAGCGGUGUUAGCCCACAGUGGUGCUGUGGUGAUGCCGGACGCACUGCCUCUCCUACAUAAUCGCACAAGGACACUGCUGGGGCGGCCGGGGGAGGGAAACACCCGGCCCGCCUGGGUGAUCGCUACCUUGGCCAGCAUCUUGAUCUUCACCACCGUGGUGGACGUGCUGGGGAACCUUCUCGUCAUCGUUUCGGUGUUUAGGAACCGAAAGCUGAGGAACUCCGGUAAUGUGUUUGUGGUGAGUUUGGCCUUUGCUGACCUUGUGGUGGCGUUCUACCCGUAUCCUCUGGUUCUCUACGCGCUAUUCCAUGACGGCUGGUCGCUGGGCAACACACAAUGCAUGGUCAGCGGCUUCCUCAUGGGGCUGAGUGUCAUCGGCUCCAUCUUCAACAUCACGGGGAUCGCGGUGAACCGCUACUGCUACAUCUGCCACUCCUUCUCCUACAGCCGGCUGUACAGCGUCCGCCGCACCCUGCUCUACGUGGGCCUCAUCUGGCUGCUCACCGUGGCCGCGCUGGUGCCCAACUUCUUCGUGGGCUCCCUGCGCUACGACCCGCGAGUGUACUCCUGCACCUUCGCCCAGAACGUCAGCAGCUCCUACACCAUCGCCGUGGUGGUGGUCCACUUCCUGGUGCCCAUCGCCGUGGUGACCUUCUGCUACCUGCGCAUCUGGGUGCUCGUGAUCCAGGUUCGCCGUAAGGUCAAAGUGGAGGAGAGCUCCCGCCUGAAGCCCAGCGACCUGCGCAACUUCAUCACCAUGUUCGUAGUGUUCGUGCUGUUCGCCAUCUGCUGGGCGCCGCUCAACCUCAUCGGCCUGGCGGUGUCCAUCGACCCUGGCCGCGUGGGCCCCCUCAUCCCCGAGUGGCUCUUCGUGGUCAGCUACUUCAUGGCCUACUUCAACAGCUGCCUGAACGCCGUGAUCUACGGCCUGCUCAACAGGAACUUCCGGCAGGAGUACAAGCACAUCAUGGCCUCGGUGCUGGUGAGCUGGCUCUUUGUCUCCGAGUCGUCCAGGGCCACCGAGGGCAAGAGCGUGCGGAGCCCCAAGCCGUCGCCCGUCCCGCCGUUCAACAACAACGAGUCCUUCAAAAGCCACCAUGUCCCUGGUUUUUAUGAUCUGGAGCGUUGAAACUUUCUUUCCUUUUUUUGUACCGGGAAAUAUGCCUCUGAUCUCAAAAUCUCAAAAUGCUAGCCCCCCCCCCCCCACCGUCGCCCCCCCCCACUUAGUAUAUGCCGGGAAGUAUUUUAAGAGAUGCUUGAAUUGCUGUGAAUAACGUUUACUGUCUUGCGGUGGAUGCUGCACUGAACUGAGCUGUUUAUUGUGUGUUUUAUAUAAGAGGCUUAGGAUAAUCGUCGUCUUUAAAGGUUAACAUUGCCACAGGGAAAUGUGUUAUCAAUUUAUACACUUCAACAGUGAUGGAAUCAUCACUUGAAGGAGCAACCUUCACCACUUUCCUGCAGUGACCAUGUUUCACGAUUCAAUGGGGACGUCUUGGUUGCAGUAUGACACAAGUAAGAAUAUUUGCUCGCACAGAAAAUACUUAUAUCUAUACAAUCUAUCCCUCUUAAAGGCUGCAGAUGUUUAUGUGAUUACUAUAUUGCUAUAUUUGUAGUUUAUUGCUAUUGAUUAAGUGAAAAAAGGCGAGAAUUUAUAAUCAUUUAUUGUAUCUGAUUAUGGCACAUUUUCAAUUAUUCAUGAUAAUUGAAUUCGAGCCUGAACAUUAUAUUGAUUUCACUCCCACUCAAACCUCUGUCUCGAUAAAAGGGACUACUGCAAGAAGCUCAGUGUAAAUAGACAUUGUCUUUUCUUUUUAAACAUAUGUUAUUGCAUAUUUAGUCAUAUUGCGAGCAAAUCUGAUUUAUAAUGGGGACCGGCCAUGGUUUGACUGGUUGGGCUGACUCAACUUCAUUGUGAAAAUCCCACAAGAAUGUUUUCUCCCUAAACGUGGGUAUGCAUUUGUAUUACAGCGACAUUAUUGUAUAUAUUAUUUUUGUACAGAUAAGAUAAAAUAUGUGUAGCAGAAACCUUCAACUGUACAACUUUUAAAUGUGGCUUUAAUAAGAAUCCAAGCAACGUGCGUGAAUGAGUUUGCAAAAUAAUUAACUACCAAUUCACAUAUUCACACAUUUCGCAAUGGCUUAAACAUUUAUCUCCAAAAGCAUAAAUGGCGUCUGAUAUUUCCAUACCGUUUAAAAUCUAAUUAAGUAUCCCUAAAACUGCAGGCUACAUGGAGGCUUUAGUGCAGGUUAACUAUCAGCUGCUAGAGGAUCAGAGGUAAGAAGAGCAAGAAUAGAAUGAAUGGCAGUCCGGGGAGCCAAUCAGAACCAGGCAGUAAGCAGCGAUCCUUUCCAUGUUAACAUUGGUAUAACAUGGAAUACCACUGUUGUUUUCUUUGGCGUUAAUUGAUACUUUGACACACCCUUAUGAGAGCGGUGUGUUUAAGUCAUAACAUGAGUUACAUUACUAAUAACUCAGUGGCAUGGAUGUGGUUGGCUCCUCCAAGAUGAGGACACACUACAUUCCCUACAGGGAUUUACCGUUUUUUCUUGUAUUUCCAAACGCUGCCUUACCAGCAUCAUUUGUAAUUGGUUGUGUGUUCAUGUUGUCGUCCAAAACACAAUAGUGGGAUAUAUCGGGUUAUUGCAGACUUUUUUAACAGCUUGAGUCCAACACAUGAUUGUGUGGACCAAUGAGACAGGUUCAAGGGGGCUGGCCCACAUGUUGCCAUGCUGGGAUUAAAGGCUCUACUGUGUUUACCAAAGACAGCCUUGCUGAGAUUGAGGGUUGUUUAGUCGACUUUCAAUUUUCAAAAGCAGAUCUGCUAGAUUGAACAACUUUUUACCCGCAAUGUCUGCUUGUUUAAGUGUCAUCUGCCUCAGGCUGAGCUGGGAAGCACUUUUUAGACUGGAGGAGCUUGUUUCUUUUCCUGUGUUUAAGAAAAGGUUCAUGGACAUGUUCACAGACUAGUGCUCCAGUUACAGUAGAUGCUUACAUAAUGUAUGUAUUGUAUUUUAAGCCCAAUUUUAUAGUAUUUGUAUUGUUUUUUUGUGCGUGCACCUGCAUGUGACAACGUGACAGUAUAAAGAUGUUAUAUGUUUGCAACAACAAAGCUGUUUCCAUUGUUGUUAUUGUUUGCUGUGUUAUUGUUCAUGGAAAUUGUAUUUUUUGACAUCUGCACACAUAGGACUCUGUCCUGGGAAAAUACAUUUGUCAUAGAAAAGUCCCUCACAUUCAGAAAAUACAAAUGACAUAUUCAUGUCCAAAUGACAUGAAUAUAACUAAAUGCAAUCAUACUUGAGAAAGAUUUAGUGAAUCGAUACAUUGUUUCAAUAUCCAUGAGAUACAUAAUACCUUCAAUACAUUCAGGUUUCAGUUUUUUCUUUAGGCUUCUGCAUUGUCCUGAAGGAUGCUUGUCCAUCAGAAGUUGUAUGGGGAGUGCGUUCAGCCAUAAAGAAGAGAAGAGGGGAAGAAGAUGGGGAGGGGAACAUAAAGUCCAAACCAUUGGAACAGGGAUUGUCUCUACAAGAGGCAUCGAAUAUAGUGAUUGCAAAAAAAAAAAAAACGUAAUAACGAGAUAUUAUCUCGUAAUUACGAGAGUCCUGAUCCAUUAGCUGUGAAACUUUUUUUUAUUUGGUGAAUGCUCAGCGCCACCGUAGUUCACUGCCCUCAAAUAAAUUAAGAUGUAAAUUUAUGUUUCUGCAUAUUCAAGAUUUAAAUGAGAUUUCAAAGAAAAAAUAUAUUCUUGAACAAAACGGGAUUAAAGUUUAAAGUACUCCCUCCCCUUUCUCUUUCUUCUUCUUGUUUUGGGCUGGGGAUGUCCGAAAGAUUAAUAUAAAAUGCAGAAGUACGACUCCGGCUCCAAAUAAAAUAUGACUUUAACCAUCCUCAUAAUUGAAGAACAAAAAAUGUAAUGCUACACUG